AUGCAAGAGAUCAAGAAGAAUGUGCCCAAGCGCUACAAGAGGGAGCUCUUCGAGACUGAGGCCACCAAGGAGAUCAUGGAGCCCUCCACCUACCCUGGCAAGUUUGUCAGGUUAGUGGCGAACCACUGGGGAAGACAGUGGCAGACCGAGCAGACUGGAAGCAAGCUCUAUGAGAUCUACGCCAUGGCUCAAGAGCUGGCAGAUCAUCAUGAGGAAAACAAGGCCGAUGCUCCUGAGGGAGCACCCAUUCCCAAGGAGAUGAUUGAGAAAGCACAAAAGCUGCGGGACCGGGGCAUGCCACAAUGGGUGGUGGAUGAGGCCCAGAACCUCACAUGCCAGGCCUGCAUUGACGCCAAGCGUGGCGAGCAGCUGGUGCUUCCUAUCUCUGUGGGGACAAAGCCACAACCGUGGCAGUUUGUGGGCAUCGAUGUUGUUCGAGUGCCCUUCUACGAGUUGAAGGUCAAGGCCAGAUACCUCAUCAUGAUCGACCUCACGACGCGCUGCAAGGCUGUGGAAGUGUUGUGGAGUGGAAAGAUGAACGAGGCUGGGACCGAACCUGGAGUUCGGUUCAUGGAGACCAGCCUGGCCUAUGGUGACUUCCCGGAGUUCCUGUCCUCAACUGGCAUUGGUUUGUCAGUGACUCCGGGAGAAGCACAUUGGCAACUUGGUGGUGUGGAAGUAGCUGUGAAAGCUACCAAGAAGACGAUGAAGAAGAUCCGGUCGCAAGAACCGAAUCUUCCGCCGUCUGUGGUAGGAAACCUUGCAGCUAUGGCCGGCAACCACACCCUGAAGGUCAAAGGCUUCACGCCCAUACAGUGGGCGUACGGCGUGGAUCCAGCUCACUACGAGCGGGACGAGUUGGCGCUGGACCCUCUCAAGGUCAACAAGGAGAUCAUGGAGAAGUCUCGAAAAGGGCGAGUCAACCCGGAGCCAAGGUUCAUUGGCCCAGGACGGGUCCAGCGUCCUGUGGGUGCUGAUCGGGGCAUCUCUGUGGCGCUGCGCUUCGCUGCAGAGCAGGAAGUUGUGACAGCUUCUGAGUCGGGGUGGACCGACGUGACCGCCGAGAGCCAGCACAUGGACGAGGACGAGCGGCUCGACUUGCCUGACGAACCUCUACCUGGAGGAGCUCUGGAAGUUGAACGGAGGCAGCCGACACUUGGGCUGACCGACUUCGUGCCCGGGAACUCUAAGGAGCAGAAGAGCCGAUCCCGUGAGCGACACCACACGGUCCAGGGGCAGGUGAAGCGCUGGCGUCAGCUCCAGGAUGUGAACGCAAACCGUCGCCGGGACGGACUGGCUCCUUUGACGAAGUUGCCGCCGCUGAGUGUGCCGACGCCCGACACCUGGGAGGUCGCGGGUUGGGUGCCUGACUGGAAAGCGGGUGACUCAGUGGAUGCACGCCGCGACGGCACCAAAGGCAGCUUCGUGGACAACUUCCGGGAACCUACGUCCCAGGGCCAAGCUCCCGACAGGGAGCUAACGUUUGGAUGGAAGGGGCGCACCAUGUUUGAGUACGACCUGGACGUGGCCGUUCACCAUCGGCUGGACCUGGGCGGAAACCUGGAAGGAAGCUACCGAGGAGACGCUCCUACGGUCAUGCUGGUCAUGGCCAAGACUGAGCCCUCUUCGGAACCAAAGCCUGCAGAGGAGACCACCGAGGCCGUCAAGGCCGAGUCCACUGAAAAGGUGCAGUUGGCGCAAGCUAGCUCAGUAGCAGUCAAGACUCAGCCUGCUGCUGAACCGGAGCCUGCAGCGGAGACCACUGAGACCGUCAAGGCCACGACCGACAGCGCCAAGGACAUGUUAGCUGCUGUGCAAGCGCCACAGCACUACAACAUCGCCACCGACGACGAGAGGGAAGAUGAACCAACCGAUGCUGUGCAGGAGAAGCAGAAGGCUUUUGAGGAUGCCGCGAACUUCUACCUCACCGAGGACAUGUACCACAUCAUCAAGGACCGAAUCCUGGUCCUAGAGCAGCAGAUCGAAUUCGAGGAGACCUUGAAGGCGCUUCAGGCUGAGGCCGAAGCACAAAAGCGCUCCGAGAAGAAGCUGGUUGAGAAGAUGAUGAUGGCGUGUGAUAAUGGUGAGGAAGCCAUGGUCAUUGAGUUCGACGUGGACGACCUCAACGCCUUCGUGGCUGGCGGCGCCAUGUACACCAAGGACAAGCUUCUUGGGCCUAUAGGCAUCUAA